GGGCCUAACCCUUUCAAUACCUAAACUCUGCAUAUAAGAGAGUUUAAUUAGAAUACAAUUGAAGGUGUUCAACUCAAGUCUUGGGAAAAAGCGAUGUCUUCUCAAGAUAAUGAAAAGAUUCCUCUGACCCUAAGCGACCACCAUUCGGGCACAUACGAGUCUCUGGUCUCCCGUGAUAACUCCAUCAUCUAUUGCUGCCACGGGAACGCUGCCGAGGAGUGUUGCAACAACGGCGACUCGCAGUCCGCUACCUCACCUAAAGGCAGGACGGAAAGCAUUUUUUCGGACUCCCACUGCCAUGACGAGAAGGAAAUUGGCAUCGAUCGGGUGGCUCGCCGUCGUCUCGUCAUGGCCAGCAUUCUUUGUCUGCUCUUCAUGAUUGGAGAAGCUGUCGGAGGUAUCAUGGCAAACAGUUUGGCUAUCGCUACAGACGCUGCUCAUCUGUUGACAGAUUUUGCCAGUUUUAUGAUUAGUUUGAUGGCCAUUUGGGUCGCCUCGAGACCUGCGACUAAACGCAUGAGCUUUGGCUGGUACCGUGCAGAGGUUAUCGGAGCGUUGACGUCUGUCCUGCUGAUCUGGGUGGUGACUGGUGUACUGGUGUACAUGGCUGCUCAGAGAAUUAUAAAUCAAGACUAUGAAAUAGAAGCACGCAUUAUGCUCAUCACUGCUGCUGUUGGAGUCGGAGUGAAUGUCAUAAUGGGCGUAGCUUUGCAAGCAGGAGGCGUGUCUCAUGGCCACAGUCAUUCGGGCGAUGUGCCGAAGCAUGGUCACAAGCACAGUGAAGGCGCAGGCAAGGACAAUAUCAACGUCCGUGCUGCAUUCAUUCAUGUCAUUGGAGAUUUCAUUCAGAGCUUAGGAGUUUUAGUAGCAGCUUUUGUCAUUUAUUACAAAGAAGAAUAUGCUAUUGUGGAUCCAAUAUGCACGUUCUUUUUCUCCGUUUUGGUGCUUAUUACGACAUUUGAUUUGAGAGAAACGUUGAACGUUCUCAUGGAAGGAAUGCCAAAAGGCAUGAACUUUCAAGAAGUAAUGAAGUUAAUUUAUACAAUACCCGGAGUUGUGAAAGUUCAUAAUUUGAGAAUAUGGUCCCUGAGCAUGGAUAAAACUGCUCUCUCAGCUCACAUUGUUAUAGCGAAAGGAGAGAACCCAAUUACCAUCCUGAAAAAGACUUCAAGAAUCAUACGCAAAGAUUUGGGUGUGUUUGAUUUAACACUUCAAGUUGAAGAAUAUCGGGAAGAUAUGCAAGGUUGCAAUAAAUGUCAAGAACCCCAGGACUAAAUGGUGUUUGUCACUAGUUGUUAUGCACGUCCGUUUUUACCAUUGUUUUUCGAGUUGAUAAAUGUUUUUUGCAUUAUUAGUCCAUUUGUUGUGUUGAAUAAAAUGUUUUC